AUGAUGAGCACGGCGCGAGCUCUCCGCUUCGUGGCCUCGGGGCAGCAGCCAUGGCGAUCCCUCGUGCAGCGCGGCCGCGCGCUGUCCGCCGGCUCGACGGGAGCCGGCGCGGGGGACCCGGCCGUCCACGCCGGCGAGGGCGACGGCCAGCCGCCGAGCGACGACUACACGGAUCGGCCACCGAAGUUCUCCGCCGCCGAGGAAGCCGCCGCCCACGACAGGUUCACACCGCCGGAGACGAAGGCGAAAAAGCCCUUCGCUCCCUCGGGGGGAACUAACAAUAAGCUCGGGUCCCAGGAGCUUGCGGACCCGGCGGAGGGAUCCUCGCUGACGCAGAAGCGGCGGCGGCACUCGUCGUCUUCUUCUUCCGCGGCGCCGGCGGGGAGCGACCCGCUGGGGGAAGCGACGGCGGGGGAGGAGGAGGCGGAGGCGCGCGGGGUGAGGGAGGAGGACCGGGAGUACUACCGGACCCACAAGCCGUCGCCGCUGGCCGAGGUGGAGUUCGCCGACACGAGGAAGCCCGUCACGGCGGCCACGGACGGCGGCGCCCAGGACCGGAUGGAGCACGACGUGCCCGGGACGAUGGUGGAGGACACGGCGGACGAGUCGCUGGCGCGGGCGGAGGAGAUGUUCAGGGAGGCCGCCAGGCGAGGGAACCCCGCCUGGCCGCACUCGCGGGCUCUCGCCGCCAUGCUCGCCGCCCGCCGCGGCGGCCAUGGAGACGGCGGCGCCGCGCCGUGGGGCAGCUGAUGGUUGCCGUGUGAUUAAACUCGCUUGCGCAGCGCAUCUUAGUUGCUUCGUGCAGCAGUGGAGUUUGUUGUCGUAGUGGCAAUAGAGCAUUUCGAACGUACGAAUGCUGGAGAUGGUCAGAGAGAGUUGUAAAUUAUGUUGUGCUCGUUUUUUCUUUUCUUGAAACUGGGUGUAAAAUAUGUUCGCAGUGUAAAUUAUGCUGUGUCUCUUUUUGUUUAUCGAAUGUGGGUGCUAAAUAUGUUA